GUCCUUGUCAGGCGAUACAUCAUGUCACAAAAGCAGAUUUACUACUCGGAUAAAUACGAUGACGAUAAAUAUGAAUACAGACACGUCAUGCUUCCCAAGGAAAUGGCUAAACGCGUACCUAAGACCCACCUUAUGUCCGAGACGGAGUGGAGGAAUCUGGGCGUUCAGCAAAGCCAGGGCUGGGUACACUACAUGAUACAUCAACCAGAACCUCACAUUCUGCUGUUUCGGCGUCCAUUGCCAGCCACACAGGCCCAGUAA